AUGUCGUCUGCUCUUGUUCCAGCUUCACCGGAUGCAGGUGCAAAUUAUGGUAUAGCGCUUGUGGAUAGACUCACAAAAAGUACACUGGGAAUCCCGACAACUGACACUGAUCUUCAACCGGAGAAAUUAAAGGAGAAUUUCGGCGUCGCUUUACAUGAAUUAUAUCUUUUAAAAGCCAAGUUGCAAGAUAAAACGUCAUCGCUAGAGUCGCCUCUCUACGUGUAUACCAUUGAAGACGAAUCCUGUCAUCCUAUUAUCGCGGCAUCCGGAGAUCCUUUUGUUAUAGUUCCAGAAGACGGUGCUGGUCGAGGAUAG